AUGCCGCUCUAUGUGGUUACGGCUGGUGAUUUGGGCAUCAACGCGCAGGAAGUUGAGCAGAACUUGUCGCAGGUGCUGCACCUGUGCAGUGAAUGGAAUGCACUCACACUCAUUGACGAGGCUGACAUCUUCCUUGAAGCCAGGAGCUCCUCUGAACUGCAGCGGAACGCGCUGGUUUGCGUCAUGCUCCGGCUGCUGGAGUAUCACCAAGGAAUCCUCUUCCUGACCUCAAACCGGGCCAGCAACAUCGAUCCUGCAGUCAGGUCUCGCAUCACCGUGGCACUUCACUACGAGGCAUUGAGCCAGAAAGGUCGCGAGGCCGUUUGGCGGAACCUGCUUCAGAAACUUCCGCAUUCCCAAGCAGACCCCUCCAAGCUUGCACGGCAUGUGCUCAAUGGCAGGCAGAUCAAAAGUCACUUCGGCAUGAAGCUGGAUUUGCUCACGUGUGUUUAUGCAGUUUGUUGA